CAGGAUUCUGGCCCACAAAACUGUCUCUCUACUAUGCACACACCUCUUCAGCCAUUAUGGAUAGAAACUUCUGAGACCCUGACUGCUCCCUCAAGUUUUCCCCAAUUAACCUUAAGAGAGGUGAUCAUUUCAUUUUCUAAACAUCAGUCACCUAUGAGAUUCAAGACUGCACUGAUGUUCUGGAGGAAAUAUCAGUCUUAAAAUUUUAAUACUUUUCCAGCAGACUCCCAGCUGCACAAAGAUUACAUCUUCCCACCAGCAUAUUUCUGUUCCUAGACAUCUCCAUUAAAUGGACCACCCAGGAAACCUUUCCUCCAAAGUACCUUCAUUAUGACCCCGAGAGCUCUCGCCAGCUGAUGUGUGACAAAUGUCCGCCCGGCACCUUCCUGAAACAGCCCUGCACGGGCAGGCGGAAGACCGUGUGCGCCCCCUGUCCCGACCACUACUACACGGACACCUGGCACACCAGUGACGAGUGUCUGUACUGCAGCCCCGUGUGCAAGGAGCUGCAGUACGUCAAGCAGGAGUGCAACCGCACCCACAACCGCGUGUGUGAAUGUGAGGAGGGGCGCUACCUGGAGCUGGAGUUCUGCUUGAAGCACAGGAGCUGCCCCCCUGGGUUUGGAGUGCUACACCCGGGAACCCCGGAGCGAAAUACAGUUUGCAAAAGAUGUCCAGAUGGGUUCUUCUCGAAUGAGACAUCAUCCAAAGAGCCCUGUAGAAAACACACGAAUUGCAGUGCAUUUGGGCUCCUUCUAACUCAGAAAGGAAAUGCAACGCAUGACAAUAUAUGUUCUGGUAGCAGCGAAUCAUUGACUCACAAAUGUGGAAUAGACAUGACCCUGUGUGAGGAGGCAUUCUUCAGGUUUGCUGUUCCUACAAAGCUUACCCCGAACUGGCUCAGUGUCCUGGUAGACAAUCUGCCUGGCACCAAAGUAAAUGCAGAGAGCAUAGAGAGGAUAAAACGGCGACACAACUCACGAGAACAGACUUUCCAGCUGCUGAAGUUAUGGAAGCAUCAAAACAAAGACCAAGAUAUGGUCAAGAAGAUCAUCCAAGAUAUCAACCUCUGUGAAAACACCGUGCGGAGGCACAUUGGACACAUGAACCUCACCUUUGAGCAGCUUUUAAAGUUGAUGGAAAGCUUGCCGGGGAAGAAAGUGACGACAGAAGACAUUGAGAAAACAGUGAAGACGUGCAAGUCAAGUGAGCAACUCCUGAAGCUGCUCAGCCUGUGGAGGAUAAAAAAUGGCGACCAGGACACGCGCAAGGGCCUGCUGCACGCCCUAAAGCACUUGAAGACGUACCACUUCCCCAAGACUGUCACGCAGAGUCUGAAGAAGACCAUCCGGUUCCUUCACAGCUUCACCAUGUACAGGUUAUAUCGGAAGCUAUUUUUAGGAAUGAUAGGAAAUCAGGUCCAUUCAUUAAAGAUAAGCUGCUUAUAACCAGAAAUGGUCAUGGAGCUGUUUCCUCACCAUGGACCAGAUCUAAUGAAUGAGUAGACUGUUUCUCAGGCGCUUGAGGAGGGAACAAUGAUUUCUUUCUCAUCACCAAGGACUAGAUUUGACCCCAGGGCCCAAAAAGAAACUAUGGUGUGGAGAAAGAACUCGUAUCUCCCCCUAAAGUAUAAUAUACCCCAAAUAGUUUAUCCAGCUGACACAUCUGGUCCAGUAUCUACUGACUCUAUUUUCUCUCGUUACUGCUUACAGUAAUUCAACUGGAAAUAAGAAAUGAGACUCCAUUGUGUCUUACUAAAUAUCAGAAUGUCUAAUUUAAAUAGCUUUGAGAUUUCAGGCUUUUAUUUAAAAGCCAUUUUUUUUUCUGUAAAAGUUACUAAUAUAUCUGUAACACUAUUAUAGUAUUUGCUAUUUAUAUUCAUUCAGAUAUAAGGUUUGUACAUAUUUACCAUCCUGAAGGGAAACUGUGUAAGACUUAAUUUUAGAAAGAAAAAUAUAUAUAUUCUGUUUAUUAUUAUGAUACAUGAAAGAGAUAAAAAUAUAUAUUUUUAACAGAAUGUUUAUAGCAUUUCCUAAUAGAUACUGCCAUUCUUCCUGUGUAGAGUAUUUUUGUAAUAUACUUUUACCUGUAUAAGCUGUAAUACCAUUUUAUAGAAAAUGCAUUAUGUAGUCAAUUGUUUAAUGUUGGAAAGUGUAUGAAAUAUAAAUUAUCUGAAUAUUAGAUGCUCUGAGAAAUUGAAUGUACCUUAUUUAAAAGAUUUUAUGUUUUUACUACAUAAACAGCAUCAUUAAUUAAAGUUUUCAAAUUAUUU